AUGACUAUAGUAAUAGAAUGUGUAUUAGAGUCAGCUGUAUUCUUCCCAGGUGAUACACUGUUUUGUAGAGUUUAUGUUAGCAAUAGAUCACAACUGCAACAACAACUUCAAGGUACAAGCAAAGAACACUCUAUAUCAUGGAUCAGUGCACAGAUCUAUGGCAACAUGAGUGUUGAACCAAAGUACUUUAAACUAAACUCUCCUAAACAAAAGAAAAAGAAUGCUACUAAACGUAUCGUUGUUGGUGGUGGUAGUGGUAUGAUGGGGUCAUCUUCAUCUUCAUCAUCAUCACAUAUUGGAAUAUCAUCUGCUACAUCUUUACCAAAUAUUACAGAUACUGGUGAUAAUGGUAGAUCACUAUUUGCUUCACCAACUACCAUUUUAACAUCUGAUUUAAAUCUAUCUUCAGGUCAAACAAAAUCUUUUAUUUAUUAUGUAACUUUACCAUCACCAUUACCACCUUCAUUUAAAGGAACUAGUAUAAGAUAUAGUUAUUUCUUAUCGAUUGCUGCACAAUUGUUUACACAUCCAGCGAGGAUACUUACCAUCCCCAUUCGAAUAUUGACACCUGCCUCAUCACUUAGACAAUUAAAGUUUAAAUCAAAUAUUACCAAUCAAUUUGAUUAUGAAGAGGGAUCGACUGAAACACCUCAAGAAACAUCAAAGGGCCUCGAGAUUAUUAGUAAAUGGCCUGUAUCACCCUUUAAAAAAUCACAAUACUUUCCAGUCCCCUAUCCUCAAACCGUCUCUCAAUAUGAUUCAAAUAAUACGAGGAAGUCUGUUAUUGAUCUUUUAAACAAAUGUUCAAAUCCAGUUUCAAUUAUAAUAUCAAAAGGAAGUGAAAAAUUGGUAACCUUUUCAAUUAGCAGGACAGCAUUUAAAUUGGGUGAUACAGUUUGUGGAGCAUUUGAUUUUUCGAUUGCUACCAUACCUUGUUACAAAAUAUUGGUGAAAUUAGAAUGUGAAGAGACGAUUGAACCAAAGUACCAACAAGAAUCUAAAAUCAAACCAAAUAGAAGAUUGUAUGGAGAGUUGCACGAGUACACUACCAAUAUUAGACAAACUCAUUUUAUGUUUCAUAUUCCCGUAGAGGCAGCCCAAGAAUUUAGUACCAAACAUGUUGCAGUUAGAUGGAUACUACGAUUUGAAUUUGUUACACCAGUUAAGAAUCCACUCAAGGAAUUACAAGUACCACCACCUCAACUAACUAGAUCCAAUUCAAUGACGACAUUUCAACCAACCAGUCCAACAAAACUAUUGCCUCGAAAUGCAAGUAGUCAACAAUUUUUAGAUACAAGUGGGUCUCUAUCCAAGGCAAAUUCCUAUAGUGAUGAUAUUAUUGCCAAACAACAUUCUACUACAACAACAACAACAACAACAACAACGGCAUUGGCAACUUCACAAUCUUCAACACCACCACAUACAAGUAAAAAUAGAGUGAUUGCAGAGGUGCCAAGUGAUAGUGAAAGUAAUCUUAGUUCAGAUAGUUUUAAUGAAGAAACUCUUAGUAGUAGUGGUAGUGUUCGUAGUACUCCUGCUACCACUACUACCACAACAUCAUCAACAAAUAUCAACCACAACAACAAUGGUACAAGAGUCAAUAGAGGAGAGAAUAAUCCAGUGAUUGGUGCAUUGAAAUCUAUAGAUGAUACAUCAAUUCAAACAGUUGAUACACUUAGAUGGAGUUUACCAAUUCGGGUUCUGGUUUGUGAAUCACCUCAUGAAUUGUUACAUACUCAUAAAAAUGAAUUGAUUCUCUAA